UCCCUCUCCCUUCCACCACGGACCCCACAUUGUGGCCUUUCUCUUAGAGCCUCUGAGGUUGGCACCCAGGAAAGGCAAAAUGCCCCUUCCCCCCGUAAGACUGCCCAGCCCUUAUGGCUCUGAUCGGCUAGUACGGCUGGCAGCCAGGCUGCGGCCAGCACUGUGUGACACCCUGAUCACUGUAGGGAGCCAGGAGUUCCCUGCCCACAGCCUGGUACUGGCAGGUGUGAGUGAGCAGCUGGGCCACAGGGGCCAGUGGGCUCUGGUAGAAGGCAUCAGCCCUUCCACCUUUGCCCGCCUGCUGUACUUUGUUUAUGGGGAGAGUAUAGAGCUGCAGCCUGAGGAGCUGGAGCCCCUUGAGGCGGCGGCCAGGGCACUGGGGGUGCAGUCCCUGGAAGAGGCAUGCAGGAGUGCUCGAAGGCACAGGGCUGAAGAGCUGGCCCCAGAACUGAAGAAGCAUCAAGAGGAGCCAGAGAAGCCCACGAGGGAUUCUGAGAGAGGACUGGGGGGCCUGGCAGAGAAGCAGAAACCAGAGGAUUUUAGAACUGGUGGGAGAGAAGAAGAGAUGCUGCAGAAGCACAAGCCCCCGAAAGAGAGCCCUGAGAUGGCAGGGACAAUGCAGGAGGGUCCGGGGGAGCAGAUGAGCUCGAAGGAGGAGAAACUCAGCCGAUCCCCUUUUGGCCACAGAGGAGCGGAUGGGGAGCAGGGACUGACCCUGUGGCUGAGAGACAGUCCGGAGGGCGCUGAGGAAUGCGGGCGGGAGUUCCCUGGCCCCCCGCCCCCACCAGGUCUCCUCCAGGCCAGGGUCGCCCCCCGGCCCUGGUGGGCUGAGGCCCCUUGGUUGGGGGAGGACCAGCCUGCCCUGUGGAGCAUCUUGUUGUUGCCACCCAGGUGUGGCACCCCCUUCUCCCAUAGCACGCCCAUCACUGGAGCCUGGCAGGUCUGGCCACGGAACCAGAGAAUCCCAUUGUCUCUGAAUGCUCCCAAAGGGCUCUGGAACCAGAACCAGGUAGCCUCCUCCAGCCCCACCCCAGGUUCCCUCCCUCAGGGCCCCCCACAGUUCAGCCCCGGGGAGACGGAAGAGUCUGCUCAGGGGCACACAGGCACCCUUGCAAGCUGUGUGGGUCAUGAGGGCAAAGCAGCCUGUCAGCCUCUCCAACACCCUCCCUCAGUCCCUCCUGUUCGGUCUCGGCCCUAUGCUUGUUCCGUCUGUGGAAAGAGGUUUUCACUCAAGCAUCAGAUGGAGACGCAUUACCGAGUCCACACAGGAGAGAAGCCCUUCUCCUGUAGCCUUUGUCCUCAGCGCUCCCGGGACUUCUCGGCUAUGACCAAGCACCUGCGGACGCACGGGGCCGCGCCAUACCGCUGCCCUCUGUGCGGGGCCGGCUGUCCUAGCCUGGCCUCCAUGCAGGCGCACAUGCGCGGCCACUCGCCCAGCCAGCUCCCGCCGGGAUGGACCAUCCGCUCCACUUUCCUCUACUCCUCCUCGAGGCCGUCUCGACCCUCGACUUCUUCCUGUCGCCCCUCUUCUCCCACCACCUGAUGGGGUGUCGGUGGCGUCUUUGGCCUCAGCCAAGACCAAUAGUCGAGUAAAGGAUA